AUGCCAACAGAUAACAAUAGUACUUACGAAGAAGGCUUCGUUGAUCCAGCCUCAAAAGCGAGAUUUCCUGUGAUUGUUACGUUGUACAUACCAGCGUUCCUAGUCUCUGAAAUUGGCAACGGAUUUCUUGUGUACUCACUAGCCUAUAUGAAACGUCGUCAACGUACGGCUAUUGAUAGUUACAUAUUAAACCUUGCUAUUUCCGAUUUUUUAUUGACAACAAUGACAUUGUUCAAUGCAAUCGAAUACGUAAGAAAUGAAUGGGUGUUAGGCGAAGCAAUGUGUAAAAUUCAUGGCCAAUUGUUGGAAGUAUGCUACACUGUUGAAAUUUUGACUCUUUUAGCUGUCAGCUAUAAACGUAGGAAGGCAGUGGACAAUCCUUUUCAGGUAUUCGAUGCAAGAAAGGCAUUACAUCGAAAUAUAGCAUUAUUAUGGUUAGCUGCAUUUGUCCUAACUUCCCCGUUGUCAUAUGCCUACACGAUCGCGAGAAGAAACAUAAAAUUUCAUUGCAGCAACACGAAUUUUGACAAAAUGUCACGAUCAAUAUAUUAUCUUCUUCAAAGCGUGAUCCUAUUCUUCGUUCCUGUCACGAUCAUGAUAGCGUCCCAACGGAAAAUAACGAAAGGUUUACGACAGCAUUGCCAGAUUUACAGCGCAGCAAUGGACUGCAAAAAUGCUCAUUGGAAAAGAGUGAUGGCUCGCGAAAGGAGAGUUGGCAAGUUUCUAACUUGCAUUUGGGUUGUUUUUGUCUGCUGCUUUACACCUAA